CCACUCUUAUGAUCUUCUACACGCCGUUGUGAAAACGGCGCUGCUAUCUCCACGCUACCAGUCUCUCUUUCCUUUGCCAUAUUACAGAGAAGAUGGAGAAACCGGUUAUGAAAUGGGUACCAUCGGCAUCGAUUUAGCAAGGCAUCCAUCCUAUCAUGUGCUUCCCGGUGAUGGAUCGAUCCCGCCGAGGGCCCUUUUGUGGCAUCUUGAUCCAUCGAUUCUAAGACAUGAUCUUUCAGAGAUGCUACGGGAAACAAUUGCAAGGCCCUUGCUUUAUCUUAGAAAAGAGUUACAUGAUCGGGUAUCAUGGCGUGUGAUUGUAAUAUGUUUGGUUUGCUCCCCGCCUGCAUUCUUGGAGAUGCGAUCAUUAUUCCAUAUCUGGUUUCUGGAGACGGGUAUGUGUUCUGUGCUAGAACUUUGCACGGCAAUGGUAUCAUCAGUACUAGAUGUUCUUCUCGAGCCUAUGGCAUGGGGAAUAUCCAUGGAACUGGGGCAGAAGUUUCCCUUUACACAUGCUUAUUUCCCAAGCCAACAAAGGGACUUGCUUGCCAUACUAACUGGACCCAUAUCAUGCAGAAGAUUUAUGGAUCUUGUUUCUUGCAUAGAAGCUAUGGUUUGUUUGGAAGGUAACUCUUCAUGGAACAACAUACAAUCACAACCAUCAAAGGGAUCACACUUUGGCAAAAAACCACCAUCAAAGGGAGUGGCCAAAUUCAAAUAUAGUUCUGCUUGGUUAAUGAUUACAAAUUUUCCUAUCUGGUUCAGUUUUGCUACUGCCUUACUUUUUCAUCAGGAAGGUUCGCAAGGUUAUAUAUCAGAAAUAUUGUCCAGGGAGAAAACUGCUCAAUCAAUAAGUGAUAUCAGUCUUGCUCAGAGGGCAGCAUUUUACCUUUCGUGGGUCUUAUGCCCUUCUAAUGUAGAUGAAUGCCAGAUGUUAGCUAACAAUAUGGUGGACUUAUCACAUGCUUGGGCCAGGAACAAUAGAAGACGCCCCAGUUAUGCAUACAAUACUAGUACUGUAAAUCACAGGAGGAAAUUGCGAAUACCCGCAGCUGAGGAUACAGGGAAACCUUAUGCAUCAACCAACCCUGUCAGUUCCCUCAUUAAAGGAUUUGAUGAUCACUGUGUGAAGUUCAGUAGCAGAACUGUUGUUAGUCAAGUGCAAGAUGAAGACACAUCAGACAUCCCUCUCUCAUGCCCUAAUUUUCUGCAUUUGCAGAUUCCUUUAGGGGUGUUGCUUGUGUCCUCUAGCUGUAUUAGUGAACAGGACUGUAACGUGCUUCUGCACUACACAAGCACAGGUCUGGUUCUGGAGUCAAAGGAAGUGCAGGAAAAAACGAGAGAUCAUUUUGGUUAUGAUAGUGUUUCAUCCACCUAUAGAGGUUUUAAUGAAAGACGGGCUUUAAGUGGUGCAUAUCUCAUCUUUGGCUGGCUUGACAUCAUUGAUGAUAUGUCUGGAGCGAUCUUUGAAUGUGAAGAUACAUGUCGUUGUUUUGUCAGUGAACUAAGAACCAAGAUGUGCCCAUACUUGCUCAAGUGUGUAAAUUUAUUGCUAAAUCAGGUAGGUCAAGAUAAAGAUUUUAUAGUUGAUCUCCGGUACAGGUUGCUGAACUGGAGUAAUAAAGGGCAGAGUUUUGAUGGUUACGAGGCAUUCAAAGACGUUAUCCUUCAGAUGAACACAAAAGUUCUGCUCCCCCAAUAGCAAUGACCAGGGCUUUUAUGUAACUGUGAAUGUGUCCUGACGGAUUCCUGGUCUUCCUUUGGUGGUUAUACUGCUGGACAUGAGCUGCUGAGUUGAAACAUAUCCAUCCAGCUCUUGGUAUCAGAGUUCUGAGGUUACCACAAGUUCCAGCUAUUUAAGUAGUGCAACUGUAUGGGCUCUGAUCACUUCUACCCUAGUAGAUAAUGUAAAGUGACGUCUGUCAGUUCUAGAUAGUGUAAACUAACACCUGUCGAGCAUUGGAUCGGGCAAACUAGUAACACUGCCUUCAGUUGCAAAUUUGGCUGUUGCUUCCAAUCUUGACGUUUCCACUUCAUUUUCUGUCAUGACCACUAAUAUUGAUUGAUGUGGUUGAACCCAUGACUAAAAUGGUUGUGAUCACCAGUUCAUUUAGGCAAGUACCAUCACAUACCAUACCUAUCUUACCAAAAUGCAGGAGAUAUUUAUAUUUAGACUGAGCCGCUGAGGGACUUCUACAGUUGUACAUGACAUGCUGCUUAGAUGUGUACUAUAUGUUUGCUGAUUCUCUUGCUGUUGCACUACGUUUCUGGCCAACAAUUUUAUUGUGCACUAACUACUACACUCUACUAGUGCCGUUGCUAUAUUUGGUGUUGCAAUAUUUCAGCUUUGGUCAAACUGCUUUUGGAGAACAGAAAUGGCCUCAAUGUACAUUCCUUUUGUACUUCAUCUUUUUCCUGCCUUUUUCUUUUUGUCCUACUAAGCGAUUCUGAAUCCAUAGCUAAACUUUAUUUUCUUUGUUGUGCAGAUUGCAGACCACGGUACAUAAGGAAAUGAAAAUGUUUUGAAGAUAAAAAAUUAAAAUGUUUUGAAGAAUUUUAUAUACAAUAUCAGGCCUAGCAAGUGAUAUAACAGUUUGGUUUGGUCUGUUGGUGUUAUUUGUGCCCUUGCCAAACUGGAGAAAUGAUUCUGAUGGGUGUUCGCUUUUUAGGAAAUUCAUUUCUUAUUUUUUAUGGGACACUAUUACCUCUUAAUUUUACUUUUUCUUACUCUGGACUGGAUACGAUGGAUAAAGAUGACUGAUAUGUUUGCACUUAGCGGCCUCUUUUUUAGCGCUUAUGAACUUCAUGGCUGCUAAUUUCAGACUGCAUAAUUCCUUCCAUGGUAAGAACUUGUUGCAUACAUAGAAGAGAAAAAACAUGUGCAUACAUGUUCAUUCUGUUUAUAGUACAUACGAAGAAAGAACACAAAAUGUCAGAAGUUGCAUCUUCUGCCACUAUAGAUAUUCCGGAAACAAUUCAUUAACUUGGAACCAGCUUUGAAAAUCCUACUAUAAUAUGUUCUUCACCAGUCUUUUAUUAGAGUUAGUUGGUCUAUUAU